AUGAGCUAUCCACCUAAUAUUAGGAAUCAGAUAUGUAGAGCUUACUUACUUAGAGUUCCAUGUCAACCACGCCAUUACAAAUUUCCUCAAAAGGUAGAUAGAACUCGAAAAAGGAGAUUUAUUGCAUCUUGGUUUGAUGAAUUUGGUAGUUGGUUGGAAUAUAGUAUUGAAAAAGAUGCUGCAUAUUGUUUAUAUUGUCAUCUUUUUGCAACUAGGCAUAGUGAAAGAGGUCAUGAUGCUUUUGUAUCUGAAGGAUUGGCAUUUCGAGGGAAUGAUGAGCUUGAAAAUUCAUUAAAUCAAGGAAAUUUUCUUGAACUGUUAAAAGUUUUGGCUUCAUGUAAUGAAGAAAUUAAUAAUGUUAUGUUGAAGAAUGCUCCUAACAAUCUCAAACUCACAUCUCCUCAUAUUCAAACAGAUAUCAUUAAUUCAGCUACAACUGAGAUAACAAAGGCUAUCAUUACAUAUUUGAGAGAUGAUUUGUUCUCUAUUUUAGUUGAUGAAUGUCGAGAUGUAUCAAUUAAAGAGCAAAUGGGAGUUGUCAUAUGGUAUGUCAAUGGAUUUGGAUGUGUCAUUGAAAGAUUUAUUAGUCUCGUGCAUAUCCAAAAUACAAGUGCAACAUCUCUUAAAAAAGGUAUUGAGUCUUUGCUCUCUACUUAUGGCUUGAAUAUAUCUAGUUUGAGAGGUCAAGGCUAUGAUGGAGCUACUAACAUGCGAGGGAUAUGCUUUAAGAAAAGCAAAAAAAAGAAAGUGUUUGAAGAGAUUGCAAAAUGUGAAAUAAAAACUGAACAAGGUCUAAAUCAAGAAAUGGCAUUGAAGAGAUCGGGAGAUACUCGUUGGAGUUCUCAUUAUGGUACGGUUGUUAACUUGAUGCAUUUAUUUCCUUCUGUCAUUGAUGUUCUUGAGUAUAUUGGAGAAAAUGGUAGUGAUGAUCCACAAAGGGCUGAAGCAAUUGAUUUGCUAGAUAUUAUGAAUUGA